AGCGUCGAAGGAGGAAAGGAGUGCUCAUUGCUGCAGAUUGAGAGUACCGCAACCCUAACCUCCGAUCACUCAAUAGCGCGAUGUUGAUGGCUAUUUGGCCGGGCGCGUACACGACCAUGCCGGGAAUGCGUUGCAGGCUUGCAGGUAUACGAUGUCCCACCAUCUCUUUCUCCUUUCUCCAUCGGACACACCUCUCUAUGAAUUGACACAUUACUCGUCGAAGCCGGUACAGACGACCACGUCUCCGUUGGCUUCCAACUUGCCCAGUUGGUCGACUUCUGCCUUUGCAGGAACUCUAACAGCCCUAUCCGGUGCUUCCAGUGCAACGCAAGCACACCAUAUCCAAGGCGGACCGGUCAGGAUGGGCGGCGGCAAGGACAGGCAUGUAAUUCAGAUGAUAGCAAAUGCUAGUCUAGACGUUAUCGAAGAGGUUAUGCGGAAAGAGAAUGCCAUGUACCUAAAGUCGGUCGACAAAUUCAAUGAAUGGACUGUGUCUGCGUUCAUUACGCCUGGAAAUAUGAAGUUUGUAUUGUUGCACGAAUCCCGAAACGACGACGGGAUCAAGGCGUUCUUUGUCGAUGUAUGGGAGCUGUAUGUCAAGACAAUGCUGAAUCCUUUCCAUACUGCACACACGCCGAUACGCAGUCCGGUGUUUGACGCACGGGUCCGAGCGAGCGCGAAAAAGUACCUGUGAGAUGGCGCGAGCAUCAGGGGUGUUGUACAAGGAUCACGAGCGGCCUGGACGUGUUAUUGUUCUACGUACUGUACGAGUAGUGAACAUUCUGGAUA